CUCAUCAAAACUCUGCGGAAUGCAGACAAGAGCUGGGGGGGAGGGCAUAUAUUAGGACUGUGCUGGAGUGUAGGAGCGCUUCCUCUUACUAUUACAUCCAUCUUUCUGUUAUCAGAUAGACCUCAGUAGUGUUUUUGCUUUUAUUUUCAUACAUUUUGUGCGUCUGAGUGCUUAAGUUAACCUGUUUAGUUGGCGGUGGUACAGUAGGUAUCUCUCUCUGUCUAAUUGUUUCAACCCGGCGCUUAUUGCAUUAGGCCGCAUUUAUUACUGCUUUAGGGUCCACACUUGUAUGACAAUAUGGCAAAGGAUGGAGAAAACGGGUGGAAGGAAUAUAUAUGGAACCCGAGGACGAGAGAGUUUAUGGGCAGGACGGCUAGCAGCUGGGGUCUUAUUCUUCUCUUCUAUUUAGUUUUCUACAUCUUCCUGGCCGGCUUGUUUGCACUCACCAUGUAUGUCAUGCUGCAGACCUUGGACGACCACAAACCAACCUGGCAAGACAGGCUCACCACACCAGGCAUGGUGAUUAGACCCAAAGAAGAUGAAACCUACGAGAUCAUCUAUAACACCCAGAAGACUGAGACCUGGGACAUGUACGCUCAGGCCUUGGAUAGGUUCCUGGCACCCUACAACAACUCUGUCCAGGCCGAGAAAAAUAACGAGUGCAACCCAGACCAAUACUUCGUACAGGAGGACAGCGGCGAUGUGAAGAACAACCCCAAACGCUCUUGUCAGUUCAACCGCACCAUCCUGGAGGAAUGCUCUGGAAUCAAUGACCGUUACUAUGGAUACCAGGAUGGCAAGCCGUGCAUCAUCAUCAAGCUGAACCGGGUGAUUGGGAUGCUGCCAGGAAAGAAUGAACAGGCUCCGUUUGUCACCUGUGGCGCAAAGAGAGAAGACACUGAAAAAAUUGGAGAGUUGCUGUACUUUCCUCCAAAUGGCACUUUCAACCUUAUGUACUACCCUUACUAUGGCAAGAAAGCUCAGGUGAACUACUCUCAGCCUUUGGUUGCCGUCAAGUUCCUUAACAUUACUGCCAAUCAAGAUGUCAACAUCGAGUGCAAGAUCAACGCCAACAACAUUCCCACUGGAAAUGAAAGAGACAAGUUUGCCGGAAGAGUGUCUUUCAAGCUGAGGAUCAACACUUAACUAGGUUGACCUUUUUUUCCUCUCCUGAAAACUACUUUCUUCAUUCUCUGCAACAUUGCACAUACACAGAAACAAAUCUCAGUAUUCACACCCUUUGUAAGAUUUGUUUACAACCCCCCAAAUCUUAGGGGGAAAUUGUUCAGGUGUGUGAUGAGAUGGGGCAAGAAUAAAAGGGUGGUAAUCCUGUCAUUAUUUCUGUCUGUGAGCUUUGGGAUGAAUUCUUUUCUGUAAAUUAGUUUGAGGUGACGUCUAUUUAUACUGCAUGACAAAUUAGGGGAUGUAAAGAAUGUGAACAUGUGUUUUCAAAGUUUGCAAGGAUCAGCAACAUUAACACUUUACUGCUGCUCCCCUCCCGCUGCCUCCUUAUAGAGUACCCCUCUAUAUACCAAUAUACACAAAUUACAAUACAACAUGUGUAUAUCUACAGUAUUUAUACGGUAUCGUAACCUUAUAUCAGUACGUCUAUUUUGUUGCACUUAAAAGAAUAAUCCAACAGACUCGCAUAUAUCUCAAUGGGUGGAUGCAGAGAUGAAGCCAUUUUGCAUGUGUGUAUUGUCUUAUGUGUGCUAUGAGGGCAGGAGGACCCUUAGUCCCACCUCUCUGCUAAGUGUGGACUAAGGUUAUGUAAAAAACCCACUGACCACCAGUAGGGGCCACACUGUAAUCUACUAAACCUUACACACAGCAAGUGUGUGUUUCGCUAACAACAUACUGUAAGAUAGUCCAAAAUCUCCAAAAAAAUGGGAGUUACAGGAGAGGUCAAAACCUUUAAGAGUGUGUGUGUUUGUGCAUGUGUGUGUAUGUGUGUGAUUGCGUGUGUGCUCCAUUCACAGGUCCCAUUUCAUACCGUAGGUCGGGAAGUUGCAUGCAAUGUGCAAUAUUCAUUAAGUGGCAUUCAUUAUGAAUGCCUGAGUCCAUUCUUCGGAUGACAGGACUUCCAUUAAAUGAUAAUUAUUUUGGAUAAUUUGAUAUUCACACUGGUUGUUUGACCUUUAUGAAACACAUGUACUCCAUAUUUGUGUUGCUGGGAAUGUUCAUAUCAACUCCACUGAUGACAAAUUAAUUAGACAUCAGUGCUUCAGACGUCUUACAACAUCACCUUAGUUUGACAAAAAACUAAAACUCCCAGUCAGCUAGUGGCUAAGCAGAACUUUAGCUUCCAGUCUGCUCCCAACCAACCACCUGAAUAUCAAAUGAAUCAGAAACAAAUUAUCCUCCUGCUGCACGAUGACGUUACACUCCCCGUCACUGUGUCAUUUUAUUCCUAAAGCUAAACCAGGAGCCAGUUUCUUGUGUCUCAAUAUUGAAUUCAUUUAAACACGACUAUUUAGAGUUUUCUUUUUUUUUGCGUGCAUUGCAUCUAUUUCACAUGUAUCCGAAAUAGAUGCCAUUGUCAUAUUUUGUAUUGAUUUACACUGCAAGUGUGCUUUGAAUUAAUUAUUGUACAGUUUUGGAGGAUGUAGACAUUUUGUGUUUGUUCCCUUUCUUUCAUUCACUCCCAUUAUCAUCCUCUAAAAUAUUCAUCCAGGGUAUCAAAAUGUAUAGUUUACAUAUUCUUUUAAUGGUAACUAGAGUCUUGAAUAUGUGAGUUAGUAGUUUUGUUUUAUAGUCCUGUAGGAAAUGAUCAAAACUGGAGAUUUUCUUCCUUGACUACAUAGAAAGGGAUUUGUUUUUCAUUGAAUUUGUUGUUUUCUUGUAGUAUUCUCCACAGUUGUAUGAAUCAGUCUAAAGGCAAAGCCAUUAUGAUAACUAGACAACCAGUUUGAACAACCAACCCGUUGAAAAAGCAUAGAUUAGGCCUACAUUUGGUGCUGUUUACUUGAUGUGCAUUCAUUCAUUUUGCAGUAUAGACACACACAAUUGUAAGAAGCGCCUGGAAUUGUUGGCUGGAGAAAUCUGUGGAGUUACACUUUUACACUCAGGCACAUAGCUUUGGCAUGGUAAAAUAAAAUUGCACCAAUGCGACUGUGAUCCUGCAAAUGUCAUCCCAGCAAAUGUGGAACGCAAGCAUCUGUUCACUCACAUUAAGGUCUGGCUCGACUCCACCACUCCUCUUAGAGCAAUGCAUUUCUCUCGCAAAUAUCUCGCAGUGGUUGAAAUAGAAAAUCAUGAUCUGAUCCAGCCAUGACAAAGAAAGACAUUUAGAUAUAAUGUGAUCUAUAUCUGAAGGGUUAUUCACAAUGAAGGAUGUGCUCUAACAGUCAACUGAGGCUCUUUUUUUGCUUUUGAUUUUUGUGACCGUCCACUGAGCUGUUCACAUGUAUUUCUCCUCUGGCAUUCCUGCAACACUUACUUAAUUUCACUGUAAUCUCUUAAUCUGGUCAGAUAAUCCAGAGCAGGCACGCUCAACUUCUUUACCCUACUUUGUCGCUCCUCCUCCUUGUGUCAAACCAGUCUCCAUAAUGGAUAUAGCAAGACUCAUUUUAUCCUCCCAGUGUAUUCGAUCCUAUUUUACCCCAAUCAUUCUUAAAUUGAUCAAACUCUUUUAAAUCACAAUACGGCAAAUAAAGUGUUUUGCUUCAUCGCCUAAUUGGACAUUCUUGUUUUACUCAUGUGCAUGUGAAGACUAGUUCUUCAACCAAAGACCUUCAUGACAGUUCAAAUUUGAUUUAUUUUUGCUGCACUGACACAUCCUCAGUAGAGAUACUGUGGGAUCCAGGUGGAGGGCUAAACACCCUGUGUAAUUAAAAGGCCUAAUCUUAUGUAAUAAUAAUAAUAAUAAUAAUAAUACUAUUACGCACAAAGGAACGUGUCUCACUACAACAUAACAGUGCCUCAGUGGGGGGGUUUUCUGUGAUAAUUUGGAGAUGUCCUCAAAAAGCAAUAUAUUUAUUUCUUGUGUGGCUGUACGAUGUAUUUAUUAGAAAGGCUGUUACAAAUCAUCAAAAGCAAGGAAGAAUAGGAAAGAACAUACAGAUAUUGCAGUCAGGCAAUUGCCAGCGUGCAGUAUUGUGAUGGAAAUAAUAUAAAAAAGUGUUUUAUUUAUAAAAAGAGUAUUUUUAUUGCUAUUUUGUUGUAAAGAGGAGAGAAUGUAUAAACGUGCAUUGUACCAUGUUGUGGGAGCUACCUGGUAGGUUUUCAGCAUUUAAUUCAACAAACGGCAAAAUGUUAACAGCUUGAUUGGAAAUGUUUUUGUUUUUUAUGUAGAAACAUUUUUUGUCAUGGUUUGAGACCUUUCUACUUUCUUAAAUUGAGCUCAUAAAGCGUGCAAUGAAAGUUCUCUGAACACUGGGGUCUAUCGUAUCAGCAUUAAGACACAGUCAUUAAAGGUAUGUUGGCAGUGAACACAUCAGAAAGAGCUUUCAGAGAACUUCCAAGUGCAAAACCUUCAGAAACUAGUCCAAUGUAUCAAAUCAGGAAUUAUUUCAACAAACCUCAUUUCCCCCCACCCAACCCCCUCGUCUCAAAUCGUACUAUUGCCUAAGACUGUGGUGUAAGGAUAGUUCAAGAAAAUAAAUCCAUGAAAUUUGUUGAGACACUCUCGCCCCAAAAGGAUGAUAAUUUUAUUCUGGAUCUUAAUUUUUUGCUCUUACUGUAUGUACAUUUUUGCUCAUGUUUACUGCAAACCAAGAUAGAGAAAUAAAUAAAUGUCAUUUAAGGGAA